ACUAAGGCUUAUUAAGCCUCCCCUAGCAAUGAUGGAUUCAUAAAACGAAACCAGGAUGAUUGUUGAAUCGAACAAUAUGGCAAAUUGGGUGGGACUUUAGGUAGGUUAUAUAUUUGGUAAUCCAAUCUAACUGAACCCAAAUCUCUGUCAGCAAGUGAUGAAUGAUCUCCAGAAUGAUUACAGCCAAUGAUCACACAUGAGUAAACCACGUUAGGAAGAAUGAGUUCAAGGUCACAGCGAACUCGCCAUGCCUUUGGUGCGACAGCGCCACCCUUUAUUGACUACCUAAAGGAUAUCUUAAGACGAUAUCCAGAUGGAGGGCAGAUUUUGAAGGAACUGAUCCAAAAUGCAGAUGAUGCUGGAGCUUCCCAGGUGGUCUUCAUUCAUGACGAGAGAACAUAUGGGAGUCAGGAGGACUUGGGGAUUAACCAAGGACCUGCACUAUAUGCCUUCAACGAUGCUGUCUUUACUGAGGAUGACUGGCAUGGCAUUCAAGCUACAGGCAGGAGUGUCAAGCGCGAUGACCCAAACAAAGUUGGGAGGUUUGGGAUUGGAUUCAACUCGAUUUACCACAUAACAGAUGUUCCAUGCAUAUUCAGUUCCGAGUGCUUGGGGUUACUGGAUCCCCAAGAGAAGAUACAUGAUCGAAGACCAGGCUUUCUGUGGUCCCUGGUUGAUAAGGAAGAUCAAGGCACAUUAAUGAAUGCUCAGUUCCAACCCUUUCAAGAUAUUGUCCAACUGCUCACCGGCAAGAGUUGGGAGAAUGUCAUUAUGGACGAUCAAAACUUUAAUGGGACACUCUUCAGAUUCCCCCUUCGCAGUGAAGCUUCAGAGAUUUCCGAUAAUUUGUACAACACUGAUAAAGUUGUUCAGCUUUUUGACAGCUUCAUAGCUGAUGCCGACAUAUGUCCUCUGUUCCUGAGAAAUGUGUCCUCAUUGUCCUUGAUUCAUAUAGACAUGAAUGAUUCCAUCAACAUCAGGCUGAAAGUGACCUCCUCCAGCCCUUCAACAGGUCUGGGUUUGAUGUCUGGUGCAGAUUUAAAUUCUGAAAGUUCAACAUGCUUCAAAGUUAUAACUUCAAAAGACCAAGAGCAGACAAAGACAACGAGGUGGCUUGUGACCACAUGUUGCAUGAAAGAGGGAAAUGUAACAAAGUUGGACUUACUUGCAAAGAAGCUAUGUUUUCGGCCUCAGGUUGAUUUAGCAUUCCAGUGUGGUCAAGACAGUGUCCCAACUGAUGGUAGACUGAGCUGCUUUCUGCCUCUUCCAAAUAAUGAAUCCAACAAGACAGGUCUCCCAGUUUAUGUGAAUGCCUGCUUUGGCCUCACAGACAACAGAAGACACAUCAAGUGGCAAGAGGAAGACCAGAAGUAUGACGAAGCUGCCAUGUGGAAUGAGCUAUUGAUAGAAGAAGUCCUCCCGUUAGCUUACCUAACUAUCAUCCAGGACGCCAUCAACUUAUCCAAAGGCACAUUAUCUGAUCUUUCUGCCUUCUCUGUGUAUGGUCUUUGGCCAAAUGUCUCUCAGACUGGACAUAAAGAGAAGUGGCAUAAAGUGGCAGUGGAUGUCCUAAAACGGCUUUUUGGAGCAAACAUCCCAAUCUUGUCCCUUGCUGCAGAUGAAAUACAGUUUGUCUCUCCCUCAGAGGCUGUAUGCCCAUCCUAUAAUUCUAUGGCACCUGAAAUAAUGGCUGCUGUGACAAGGACUAUGAUCUUCUUUGGUGAGAAGCUUGUAACCUUUCCAGACCACGUCUCAAGAGCGAUUCAAUUGGCUUUUCCAGACCCUGAUGGACUGAAAUGGGUGACUCCAGACUUUGUUCGAGAUGUUCUCCACAGAGAUGCAGAGUUCAACCUAUCCAAAGAGGACAAACUCUGUCUUCUGGAGUACAUCUUGAGUGAUGGGAAUUACCAUGACCUUUUGGGUCUUAAGUUGCUUCCUCUCAGUGAUGGAACUUUCAAAUCCUUCACAGACAAAAAAGAUGACUUUGUGCUGAUAGACAACAACACUUUUCAAAGGGUGCUGCUGCCAGGAUGCCAAACCAGAUUUAUUCCUCAAGAUCUGAGCCCCACCAGCGUUGAACAUCUAAGGAAACUAGCAACAAGAAAUUUAUUCACUGUAUCCAACCUGGAUGCAGCAUUAGUCGCUGAAUUGGCCAUUAAUUAUGUACCAAAGGAAUGGGAAGAGACAGAUGGGCAUGUUACCUGGGCACUGGGCAAUGCUCUGCAUCCACCCCUGAAGUGGCUCCAAGAGUUCUGGAAAUUUCUUGACUCAAAUUUUGACGAGCUAAGGCAUUUCAUUGGCAUGCCAUUAAUACCCAUUGAGUCCUUGCGGGAUGGAAGCCAUUCAAAACAACUUGCCAGACUACAACAAAAGCCAACUCUGCUUUUCAAGAAUAGUAAGCAAGACACCCUGUCAGACCAUGUUGCAGAAGUAAUAAGGAAGGUUGGGGGUACAGUUGUAAAUCGAGAUGAAUGUCUUCAGCACCAAGACCUUGAAUCGUAUGUGUUUGCACCAAGCCCAAAGAGUACUUUGCAAGUGCUCAUGAACUUGGAUGCCCAAAAGGUCAUCAAGGGACUCCAGUCAGCUUCUCAUACUGAAAAGGAAGAACUAAAACACUAUCUCUCUUCACUUGGUAACUUCUCAGUCUCAGAACAAAAACUUGUCUCACAACUGCCCCUAUUCCGCUCAAUGGCUGACGAUUAUGUUGCUGCACAAUCAAAGCAGGCUGCAGUGUUAAGUUCACUUCCAAAGAUCCCAUCUGAUCUUCCCAUACCUGAUUCAGUUGUGCAAAGUGUCACAGAGGCUGAUCGCCGACUUCUAUGCUUGCUUCAUGUUGAUCUCUUAGAUUCAGCUCAAGUAUCCAUUUGUUUAGUUGAUAGCAUUAAGAUGAAUUACAGGAAACAAGAGACAGAGAGGAUAAUGACCUGGAUCUUACAAAAUGGCAGUUUCCUUUUCUCUCAGAAUGAGGACUUGUACAGGAGAUGUGCGGAUUUGAGCUUCAUUGAAAUAGAAAGAGGAGAGCGGAAGAAGGCAUCUGGCUUUUUCGAUCCAGGAAACAAAAAGUUUGAAAUCCUCUUUGAUGCAGAUUUCUUUCCACCACAAGUGUUCACACAGACUCCAGAGAUGAUCAAAAGCUUAAAGCGCCUUGGACUGCUGGCCCAAGAAAGGGAUAUAACUCCUAGGAAUGUUUUGCAUGUUGCCACUCAGAUUGAGAAAUUGCAUGUUCACUCACCACAAGAGGCUGGCAAAAAAUCAGAUACUCUCUUGAGACUGCUGAAUGAUAAUGAUCUGCUGUCUAAGUUCUCUGCAAAGCAGCUUCACCAACUCUCACAACUGCAAUGGAUCCCAUGUGCAAAUGCAGGCGCAAUGCUAGGCAACAGCAAGGGAUGCACAAAAACACGUUUUUUCAAGCCAGAAGAAGUAAGAGAUACAAAAUAUGAAAACCUUGUGGGCAAUGUCAUGCCUCUCACAGGAGUUUUCAAAGAGACAGUGAGCAGGCAACUUGGACUUCUGUGCCUGCCUCCUGCUGAAAAGGUAUUGGACAAUUUGUCAAUUAGUGAUCCACAUGGUGUGCACUUCAAGAUUACAUUGCAUAGCACUUACAAAUUCAUGCAAGACCACAUGUUAGACUUCAUAAAAGUCAUGUUGAGCUGUAAACCUUGGCUAUGGAUCCACAACCGAUUUGUAUUUCCCAGAGAUGUAGUUUUGACCUACCCACCUGAUCUGGAUCUGACUUCCUACAUAGGAAAAGUGCCAGAGGAGUUUCUCCCUUACAAGAGGUUGUUAACCGAAUUUGGGGUGAGGUCAUGCCUUUCAGAAAAGGAAAUAGGGGACAUCCUAACUAACAUCCAACAUUCCAUUGAUGAGAGGCAGCCACCUUUUGGAAACCCCUCCGAGCUGAAAUUGUCCAUAGCCAUUCUGAACUGGAUGAAGAAGGUGCGUAGGGCUGUCAGUGACGAUACCCCUGUGCCAGUGAUGGAAGAGGGUCGAAGAUUUACCUUGAAACCAUUGUCCAUGGCCUUGUUUUGUGAUGUAAGCAGGGAUGGUUUGGAUGAUCUAGAGAAGGACCAAGAGGAGUUCUAUGUCAUCCAUGAGGACAUUUCAAGAGUGACUGCGGAGUGGCUCAAGAUACCACUCCUCAGCACCCGGAUCCUCAGUCCAGAAUACAUUGGGAUAGAACAGUGUGGGCAGUCAGAACCAAUAACACUGAGGAUUAAGAACAUUCUCAAAGAAUAUGAUGAGGACAACGACAUUUUCAAAGAGCUAAUCCAAAAUGCUGAAGAUGCUGGGGCGAAGACCUGUAAGUUUAUGGUAGAUUUCAGAAAACAUAAAGAUCCUCCUGAAAGUCUAAUAUCCCCUGGAAUGAGCCUCUGCAAUGGACCUUGUCUUUGGGCAUUCAAUGAUGAGCUCUUCACAGACAAUGAUUGGAGGAAUAUUACCCGAGUUGGAUCUGCAUCAAAGGAAAACCAGGUAGAAAAAAUAGGGAAAUUUGGACUUGGAUUCAAUACUGUGUAUCAUUUGACUGACAUUCCCUCCAUUCUCAGUGGAGAUAAGCUUUUGAUACUUGAUCCGAAUGUGACCCACCUGGAAAAGCACAUAAAAGGCAACGCAAAUCCUGGAAUAAGACUUGACCUGUCUCGACAACAGGUUCUACACAGAUUUUCUAACCAAUUCAAACCCUACAAGCGCAUUUUCAAUUGUAAUCUGUCCAAGGAAAGCACUCAGACAUUUUACCCUGGCACUCUCAUCAAGUUACCUUUUCGAACACAAGAAGAGGCACUCAAAUCAGAGAUUUGCUCAAAUGUGUAUGACAGAAGUGACAUAAUCACAUUUCAACAGGACUUUACCAAUAACUCACAAACCCAUUUGCUCUUUCUGAAGAACAUAAACACUGUAUCUCUACAAAACCUUCCCAACAAUGCCUCAACUCCUCCUGAAGAUGGCCAGACAGACACACUGUUCACAAUCUUUAAAAAAAUCGUGGAAGUGAUUCCAGUUGACAACACUCAACAAGCAAAACAAAGUAAGGCUCUGGCAACCUUGAGGAAACCUGGUACAAAAUACAAACAAGUCAUUAAUUACGAUAACGUCAACAUUGCUGAAAUAACUCAACAACAUUGUAGAGGAUCAGAUGUACAAUUCUGGCUUUUAUAUAACUGCUUUGGGACACAUCAGUCUUUACAAAUGGCCCAGAGAGAAAAUAAUCAGACCAAAUUCUCUUUGCCAAUUGCUGGUAUAGCUGUACCCUUAAGCCGUGAAAAACAAACUGGCAAAUGGGUGAAGUCUGAAACUAAACUUGUCGGCCAGGCCUUUUGCUUCCUUCCUCUUCCCAUUGACACAGGCCUCCCUGUGAAUGUGAAUGGAACAUUUGCUGUGACUUCUAAUCGCAAAGGUCUCUGGGAGAGUGGAGUGAAAAAUCAGUGGAACAGAGCUCUGCUCGAGGAUGCUGGUACCAUGGCAUACGUAAACGUACUCCAAGUGCUGAAGAACAUGGCACAAAAUGGAACAUUGCAAAGUUACGAUUACUACACAUUUUGGCCCAAUGAAGAGAAAGUAAGCAAAGCCUUCAAACCAUUGGUGGAUGCCUUUUAUUCCGUCAUCGCACAACCACACCAUGGCGAAACUCUCGAGCUCCUAAGUGAUGGGAGAACAUGGUUCUCAAUGGAUAAGGCAAGAUUUUUACACACAGACAUUGAAGAAAACAAAGUUGUUGGAAAACUUGCAACAGAGGUGUGUCAAGGGAAUUCCAAGGCACCGUCAUCCUGUCAUGUUGUCCCUCUACCAGGGUGGGUGAGACAAAGUUUUGUAAAAGCAGGCUUUGGUAAGAUCCUGCAGGAAAGAACUCUGAAUUGGGAAGAGUUUUACCAACAACUGGUGUUCAACAACUUGAGCACCAUGGAUCCAAAGAGUAGGGAUGCUCUUGUUCUGCACGCAAUUGAUCUGAAUAUCUGUGCAGUUGACAAUCUACUAAGGAGCUAUCCAUGCAUCCCUACACAGACAGAAGGACAAUUACAGUUCAUCCAAAAACUUGUGAACCCAUCGGGGAAAGCGGCCCGUUUGUUUGAACCAGAGGAGGGGCGUUUUCUUGGUGGCACCAAAAAUGACUUUUGUUCUCCCAAACGAAUUCAGCGUCUAUUAGAACUGGGGAUGCUGAGUGAUAGGCUUCCUUUGAAGGAGAUCACAGAAAGAGUGAGGAUCACUACUGGUAUUUGGCACAAACACCAGGAGAAGGCAUACAAGCACCUUCAGUGUAUCCUGGAGUUGAUGAGGAGACACUGCAACAUGCAAGAUGAAAAAGAUUCACCAUUCUGGGACACAUUGAGGAACACAGCAUUCAUUCCAGCAUUCCAUCCAGUAAAUACCAAUAAAGAAAGUGACAUAAUGGUGACACUCCAGAAGCCCAUGGAUGUUUACACUGACAAGUGUCGCCAUCUAGUCAACCUGACAAAAUGUGUUGUUGACCAUUCACUUCUUAAAAUACACAGCGAUGAUGUAGUCCUCCAGAAGUUGAGAAUUUGCGCAAGUCCGCCACUUGACAUUGUGCUUCAACAACUAAAUAAAGCAACCUGUGUGUCACAAAAUUUUGAUAAAAAAGUGCUCUUCAAUAUAGCUCAUGAGUGCUACAAAUUCCUGAAUGAGUGGCUGUGUGACAAUCAGAGGGACAGCCCACUCAUUUCUCAACGGGCACACUCUUUCCCUUUCAUUCUAGUGGAAGACAAGUUUGUACAUGUGACAUCUGUAGCAGAAUGUGGAGAAUUUGAUGCUAAACCUUAUCUUCAUAUCCUUCCACGUGCCUUUGUCAGUUUUAAUGAGCUGUGGAAAUGUGUAGGCAUCAGCAAUCAGUUCACAGUGCAACAGUUCAACAAUGUUCUUGAUAAAUUAUCUACUCAAUACGGACGCAGAUCACUUUCCAAAAGUGACCUUCAAAUUUGUUUCACAAUUAUUGAACAGGGAUUAUAUUCAGCCAAAGAGACAAAGUUCUUGCCUCAUACCAUUCAGCCAAAGAAACAAAGUGCUUGCCUCAUACCUGAUAAAAACGGCGUUUUGCAAAAAGCAAACAAUCUCUACUACAAUGACAGCCCCUGGAUUCCAGUUUCAGGCGUCAAUUUAUGUCAUGAAAACAUCCCUCGUGUCAUGGCUCUCCAUUUUGGAGCAAAUACAACAAGACAUCACACACUGAAAGAUCAUUUGGUGGAAGACUUUUCACCAUAUGCCUCAGAGUUCGGGCAACACGAAGAACUAACGGUCCGUAUCAAAAACAUACUUUCUGCUUAUCCAUCAAAGAAAGAUAUCCUGAAAGAGCUCAUCCAAAAUGCUGAUGAUGCAGAGGCAACAGAAAUUCACUUUGUGUGGGACAAGAGAAAGCACAGUGGCAAAAAAACAUUUGGAGAUAGAUGGAAUCCCUUGCAAGGCCCUGCACUGUGUGUGUACAACAACAAGGUUUUUACUGACGCAGAUAUGAAAGGCAUUCAACAGCUCGGGGAAGGUGGAAAGCACAGCAUUCCAGGAAAAACAGGAAAAUACGGACUCGGAUUCAACUCAGUUUACCAUCUGACUGAUUGCCCUUCGAUUAUAACAGGUGACAAAUGGCUCUGUAUAUCAGAUCCUGGUCGAAAAUAUAUUGAAGGCAGAAAACUACCUGGCUGCAAGUUUGACCUAAGAAGUAAAUUUAAAGAAAUGUUCAGCGAUGUCUACCAAACAUUUCUUCCAGACACGUUUGACCUUGAAAAGGGCACAAUGUUCCGAUUACCUUUCAGGAUGGGUGCUAAUGCAAAUGUCUCAAAAAUAUCACAACAGGGAGUCACUGAAAGAGACAUUCAGGAGCUCUGCUCAGUUCUUUCAGAAGAUCCUGAGGGGCUUAUUCUCUUCCUGAAGAACAUUGGCAAAAUACAGUUUCAUGAAAUCAACCCAGAAACAAAUAUGCCCAAAACUAUCUUCUCAAUUGAAAAAAGACUCCCUGAAAAGGGUAGUGUGGAAAGGCUUAGGUUUCAAAACCAUAUACAAGAUGUACUGCUAGGUAACAGCACAAUGUCACCAGAUCAAGCCAUUUACAAUGUCCAGAUUUUAUUGUCUCAUAAAAGGGAAAGUGAGUGGACGAUUGCGGAGCAGUUUGGCUCCUUGGAAAACACAGUUGUAGCACAACACUCUUUAAAAGUUCCCCAGGCAGCUUUGGCAGCAUGUGUAAGAUCCAAAACAGCUGGGAAGGAUUUCAUUGGGAGGGCAUUUUGCUCUCUGCCAUUGCCAGGUCAAACAGGACUCCCAAUCCAUGUAAAUGGAAACUUUGAAGUGGAUGCAUCUAGGAGGGAUCUCUGGAAAGAAGAUGGUAAAAGUGUGAAAGCUGAUUGGAAUGAAUCUUUGAAACUGAAGAUAAUCGCUCCGCUGUAUGCAGAUCUGCUUCAUCACAUUCGCUGUCAGCUGAAAAAUAGGAAAAUGAUUUCCACACGCCAUGAUCCAGGUUUUGACUGCUCAUUCUUGUUAUUUUUCCCCCAUGUCUCAAAAGACACUAGUCAUGACUGGCAUGACAUGAUCCAUGAGGUGUAUAGAUCAGUCAAUGAAAGGGAGCUCACAGUUAUUCCAAUACUACAAAGCUCCACACAGGAAGUUCCACCCAACAGUAUAGUAAAUCGGCUCAUUAAGAUGUUCUCUUUUGGUUGGUGUAGUGUGACCAAGAGAGAACUUGUCGAAAUGCCUUAUUUAGCAGAUUACAACGCAGAAAACCUAACUGCGGUUUUAGGGGAUGUUGGCAUGAAGUUGGCCCCCUUCUCUAAUGAAAUGUCAAAAAUAUGGGAAAGUUUCAAAUCGGCCGGAGUUGAGAUGAAAACAAUCAGCCCUUUGACAGUUGGGGAAUACUUGAGAACAAAACCAAUGAAUGAUCCAACCAAAACGGAAAUGGAUUUACCUCUACCCAUCAACCAGACUUUGAUCAGAGACAAAAACACAUGCUCUAUACUCCUGAACUACUGCUUAAAAGAUGUAAAACCAGACAAUUCUCAAUCCAUCAGUGGACUUCCUCUUCUUCUCACACAAGAUCAUAUUCUCAGAGUGUUCAGCCUUGACUCACCCAAACUUCUGACAAGGUUUAACAAAUUGUUUUGUGGAUAUGAGAAAGAUUUUGCUGAUGACCUCUUCCAAAACCUCCAUCUUCUGCUGAAAUGCUUUCUUAAGGAAUUGACAAUUCCUGUUGCAGUCAAGUAUUUGAAAACUGCCCUGCUAAACCUACUUGUAGACUGUGAUGUGGAUCUACACAGUGGUCUCCAUGUUCCAAAUGCGACUACAGAAAAAUUCCUGAAAGAUCUCUGGCAAUUCUUAAGUAGUCAACUCAGACAGGCAGCACAGGAAGACAGAGAUCAAAAUCAUGCUCUGAAUUCUAUCAUGGAACUGUUCUCUGACUUGCCCAUUUUGCCUGUUGUCUGCCCGAGGCUAAACAACAAACAUUUGCUUCAAACAAUGAGCAAGAUGUUAAGUGUAAUUCAGUCCCCGUUGGAUGACAUUUCAACAAUUCUCCUUAAACUUGGCUUCAUGAAACUUAACUUGUCAUUCUUCCACAAGUAUGACAAAGAGCUGCAUCAACAUCUACAUUCAGGGUACCUGGACACAAGGAAUGAAAGCGCUGUCUUAGAUCAGGUCUGUCAGCUGAGGCCCUCAGAGUUUCAACCACUUCUCAAAGAAGAGUUGAGUAAACUUCAGUAUUUUCUUCAGUCUGGAAUAUCGAAGUCUAAGGACACACAGGCAUUUGCCAAUAAACUCAAAUCACUACCAUUAUUUGAAACAAUCCAGGGUGGGCGAAAACAGAUAGAUGGACACAAAAAGGUGUUCAUCCUCAGCACUGACUUAAUCGAAAUAUUUCCAGAUUUGUACAUGGCAGAUGAGAACAUUUUUCUCAAAAGCACUGUUCAGAAUAAGGACCUGGCAGAAAAGUUAAAAAUAAAAAUCUUAAAUGAUUUGGAGUACUUUGUACAAUUCAUCAUGCCUAAAAUACAUCAGCUUUCAGAGGCUCAACAAAUUAAUUCUGUUCAACUGCUACUGUCACUUUGUCUUUCAGAAUUGAAUGAGUGUUAUGACCAAAUCAUCUCUACAAUGUCAAAAGUGAGAUUAAUUCGCAAUGCCCAUGGGAAUCUGGAGAUGGCCUCAUACUUCUUUGAUGAGAAUGUGAUGUUGUACAAGAUCAUGCUGCCACAAGAGAGAUUUGUACCACAAGGUUUUUGGGAUUCAAUCUCUAAACAUUCUCCGGACACUAUUUCAGCAAAACGUUUGCUCAAAAAACUUGGAAUGAAGUGUACUGUCACGGAUGAUGAAAUGAUCAAUUUUGCAAAACAAAUAGAAUCAGGAGCUCAAGGCACUGCCAACCUCAAUGCACUUAAACAGAAAUCUUCAACACUGUUUGACACCAUUUUAAAGAACAAUGUCAAAAAACGAUCACCAAACUUUAUGAAAGUGAUUGGUGGCAUUAAGUUCAUAUAUCCUGUCCAAAUCAAAAGCAGUUUGAGCAAAUAUCAUCAAGCAUUUGCAACUGAUAGGACAACCGUUGCAAUCCGAGGCUCUUUAAUAGAAAUAGACCCUGAUCAUCAAAAUGUAAUCUGGACCUCAAUGCCCAUACUGGCCUUACCCAACAACACACAGACAAACUUGCAAAUGAUGAAGGAUGCUGGAGCUGUAGACAAACCACCUCAAGAACGAGUUACAUGUAACCUAAAAAACAUCUGUAAUUCCCCAUGCAAAUUUGUAGACAAGAUUGAGACUCGUGCGGAAGUUUUCAGACAAUCCUAUGCCUAUCUUCAAGCAAUGGACUUUGACCCCUCUCCAUUGACUGACCUCCCUCUUGUGCUGGUUGAGCAUGAUAAAGAACUUGCAAAGGCUAAACAGACAGCACUGGUACUUCCCAAUCAUUUGGAUUAUAGACCAUAUUUGUACCGAAUUCCUCCAGAAGAUGUAAAAUAUGAAAAGUUCUUCAAGAAAAUUGGUGUCAGUGACAUGGCUACUGCAAUGCAGUAUUGCAGUGUGCUAGAAGAAAUUCAUGUAAAUUCCUCUGACAAACAAGCAUUGCAUGCAAAUCAGCUGUUUGCAGUCAAGCGUGCAGUACAGCAGCUAUUUUGUCUUUUAAAAGAAAGUCAGUCAACCCCAAACCUGCCACAAGUCUUGUAUCUGCCAUCAACAGAUCAUAGAUUAUAUCCUUCAAACACAUUGUAUUUCAAUGACACUGUCUUCCAGGCCAGCACGUUUGAGGAUGCAUUGAAAAGCUAUUUGAGGCUCCUUGAGAAACUCUCCAACUGCUAUUUGGAGAAGGACAUGUACACGGAUCAGAAACUCCUGCAGCUUUUACCAGAGAAGCUGAGGCCCAAAAUGCUCUCCAAAAUAAUUGUGAACAAUCUGGUGGAAUCAAGCAAGCAGCUUUGUGAGGAUGGAGAGGGAUGUGAGUUUGGUGGGUGGUUUCAGAAACGCCUAUCCUCACCUGCCUUCACACACGGACUGAUUUGUCUCAUCAGACACCAGUUUCAGGGGACAAUAACAGAGGAAGAUGUUGCUAGCAGCUGUCAGAAAACAUUUGGCAAUAUUCAGAUAAUCUGCUGCAAGUACCUUGAAACAGGGCUUUGGCUUGACCAACAGUUGCUAGGUGAAACUUUUGAUGUUGAGAUGUUCGUCAAAAAGGGGCAGCAAUGUUGUUCUAUCUAUUUGAAACACAAUGACGAGAUUGGCCCUAAAGUGAUGAGCAGGAUCACCAUGAGACUGACAAAAGAAAUAAAUGCUAAUUUGGAACACAAACUCUCGGCAGACAUUCUUCCAGUCCUUGGGGAACUUCUGAUGUGUGACCACAUGCUGGAGGUUCUGAAAACACUAGAGGAGAAUGGAAUCCACAACAUUGCUAAAACAGAGGACUUCUUCCCACCGAAGGCCGGAAGUGUUAUUCCUGAUGAAUGGCUUGAUGCCCUUGACAUGAACAUCCUCAACAACUUUGAGGAAGGGGAGUACGUUGGCUACAAGAAGGGAUCCGAUGAGGAAUAUGUCUACGCAGUAAUUGUGGAGCAGUUGGAUACCCCACCAGGGAUCUCAGGACGAUAUUUUAGCAGAUACAAAAUACAAAUUGGAGAAAAUGAAUUUAUCGAAGUAAGCACCCUUGAUCUUCAUCAGUUCAAACGGGAAGAAAAGCGAUUCACCUCCACAGGAUCAACCUGUAUGGCAGUGCAGCAUGUCGCAGGCCCUGUACCACAUGAACCCCGUCCGUCCGUGCCAAGACCACCUAAUUCUUCUGCAAGGAGCUUACCACAGUCUAUUGAGGAGGUCAAAGAAGAAAUCGACGAAUGCCUGUCAGAGAUCUGGAUUCUGCCCAUAGAGGAGAGGUGCAAAGCCAUCCGUCGACUUUACCUGAGAUGGCACCCCGACAAAAAUCCUGACUUUCAACAGCUUGCCACUGAGGCAUUCAAGUACUUGAAGAACAAGAUAGAAGAACUUGAGAGUGGCAAAAGGAGCACGACUGACCAAAGACAAAACACACAUUUCCCUCGACCAACACAGUCUCCGAAAUGGAACUCAAAUUUCAGUGGCUUCUACCAUCAGUGGGAUCAGGAGGCCAACCAUCAUCGGGGUGGACGUGAGAGAAGUCACAGACCUCACUAUUCAUACUAUAACAACUUCUGGACACACCAUGGGAAUGUGCCACAGCCUAACAGAGCAGAGGCUCAGCGGUGGUUCAGACAAGCAAACUGUGAUUUGACAGCAGCUCGUAGUGAGGCCGGAAGAGGGAGCAUAGAGUGGUGUCUGUUCAAGGUGCACCAGGCAGUGGAAAAGGCUCUUAUUGCCGCAGAGUACAAAAGACGUGGACAAUAUCCUACAAACCUCUCCAUCUCAAGCAUGGCUGAGGACGUGUCGGGCUUCAGCCCCCAAUUAAAGACUUUGCAUAGCAUUGUGGACAAACUGAAGAAAAUUGGAGUUGACCCCAAGAAGACUCAGUAUCCCAACUGCCACCCAUCACCCUACAUUCCAAACGAGCGAUUCAAAUCUGCAAGUGAAGUGCAAGUGCUGGAAUUGGCAUCAGAACUUUUAAGCAAAGUAGAUGCAUUUAUUUUCUGAGAUGGUGAUUUUAUGUUUAGAAGUUCUAAAUGUUAAGAUUUUGCAUGGUACCUAUAAACCUAUAGGUCAAAUCUUUUCCAUUUGAUUGUCUUCCUUGGCCUAUCUUCUGACAGUAAAAGUAAUCUAACACUUACUAUAACUAUAACUACUGUAUUUUUACAUGAUUUGAUGUACCUUGUUUUUCUUUAUUUUAAUAAUGAUAUACUUGAAUCAUCUACAGUACUUGAUUUCAGAUACACUUUUAGAGAUUGAAAGUGUUUUGUUUUGUGUCAGUCGAAAAAUGUAAAUGAAUAACAAUGAAAAAUGUUUGUAGACAAACUUUUGUGCAUCUGAAAUGCAUACUAAAUGUUUUCCUUGUAAAUCUUAUGAAUUAAAACGAAAUGAAAUAUUA